UUGAGGUUACAACCGCUCAGUGUUUACUAUUGGCGACUCCAUAAAGAUUUGGGGGGGGAAGAAGGCACUCGCACGUCCGUAGCUCAUGUAACCAAAAUAAAAGUUGUCCAUCUGAACGACUGGUGCUCGUUGAAACGUGAUGGCGGAUCCUGCGGUGGCAACGGGCGCUUCGCUGGCUGUUGGCGGGCGUGCAGGUGGCAAUAAAGCAGCCAACAGCCCGGUGGAGAACUACCAGCUGGCUCGACGACGGACCCUGCAGGUGGUGGUGAGCGCCCUCCUGACAGAGUGCGGCUUCGACUGCGCCGAGAAGGCGGCCGUGGAAACGCUCACCGAGAUGAUGCAGAGUUAUAUAACAGAAAUCGGGCGCUGCACUAAAUCAUAUUGUGAACACACAGCCAGAAGCGUCCCAACUCUGUCGGAUACUGUGGUGACACUCAUUGAAAUGGGAUUCAAUGUCGACACUCUGCCCAUCUAUGCCAAGCGCUCUCAGAGGAUGGUCAUCACCGCACCUCCAGUCACCAACCACCCGAUGACGCCCAAAGCGUUGUCAGCCGGACAGAAGCGUACACACCCACCUCACAUACCUGGCCACUACCCGGAAUUCCCAGACCCGCACACCUACAUCAAAACCCCGACGUUUCGCGAGCCCGUGUCGGACUACCAGGUGGUGCGCGAGAAAGCGGCGACUCAGAGGCGGGACGUGGAGCGGGCGCUCACACGCUUCAUGGCCAAGACCAGCAAAACCCAGAGCCUCUUCAAAGACGACAUCGCCACCUUCCCGCUGAUCGCCGCGCAGCCGAGCGCCGUCCCUUACCUCGGCGCCCUCCUGCCGUCCGAGCUGGAGCUGCAGACUUUGGAGGAAACGGACUCGUCGGAGCAGGACGACCAGACGGACGGCGAUAACGCGGCCGGGAACGUCAUGAACGACGACCCGGUGGUGGACAAAGAGAACGCCAUGCUUCCUCCAGGCGGCGCCAUCAUGUCCACGAAAGGCAGCGAGGACAACGUGAUCGACAACCCGUACUUGCGGCCAGUCAAGAAGCCCAAAGUGAAGAGGAAGAAAUGAGCCUCAGCCACACAGGAUGCGGGCAAGCCUUCAGAUAAAUUGUUUUUUUUACCCCCACUUCCUCCGCGGAGGACCGACCGCCAUGGUAACCUGGAUUCUUCAAGUCAAGAGAACUUUAGUUUCAUUCCAUUUUUUGCCUCGUUUAAAAGCAUCAUUUUGUAAUCUGGUGACACAAAGCAGCCAUUUUGUGAAUCAAGUUUCCCCCCCCCCCUUUUUAACCCUUUAUGAGUUGAACUCAUCAAGAUGGGUUAUUAACCUGGUUCUCUCAACUGUACGAACAUGUUCAGUCACAUCGUUGAUCCCAAACCGGUUAUGACUUGGUCUUCUCAAUUAAAAGCACAACUGAUAGGGCGUUUGAGUUUGACCAGCUCUCAGCUAGAUAAAACUAUUGAGUUAGCUCGCCUGUCUUGUGGGUUUUGCAGUGACAAAUGUAGCGAGACGUUGUUCGGUCUUGAUUCGAUUUGCCGACUUUAUCGAAAACAUCCAAAUUGAAGCAUCUUCAGAGCAUUUCGGUGGCCCUACACGGAGACUGAGACUUUGAGAAGAGGAUUUUUUUUGAAAUUUCAUUUGAGCAAAGGAAAGUGAAAACCCUCCUCUCCAAAAAAAUGGCUCCGUGUACGGCCACCGAAACCCGAAAUGCGUGGAUUUAUUCAUAAAUAGUACGAUAUUCAGUC